UUUACUGUAGAAGAAAAAGCUAUGGGUGGGUUUAACUCUGUAAAGUCAAUGGUGCAUGCAAUAAGUGGGUAAAAUUGCAGAUAUUGGUCAUAAUUUUGUAUACAUGUUAAGAAAAAAAAGACUAUUACAAAAUUGUAUAUCAUACUAUACAGAGUAACUGGUCAACAGUUUUUUUCGUCAGAACUUCUUAUACAUUACAGGACAGAUUAAGUGAAUGGGUCACAUGAUGGCCAUAGAGCAAGAGUGGUGGAAGAACAAACUAGCCGAGGAUAUUUAUGCAACAUUAAAACUCAAGGAACAAACAAUACCUCAAUUUCACGCACAGUCAUCACAACUAUGGAUACGUCGCCACCUGGUGGACUGGUUGGCUGUUAUAGUCAGUGAAAUUGGAAUAUGUGCAACUGCUCAGCAUUUAGCAGUUUAUUUACUGGAUUAUUUCAUGGAUGGUUUGGAAGUUGAACUUUGUUACAUGCACUUGAUGGCUCUAACUUGUCUACUUAUAGCAGUAAAAUUUGAGGACCAUUGUGAUAGGAUACCUCACUAUAACAAAUUGAACAGUUAUAUACCAGUGACCCAGUACAACACCGGUCAACCUUAUACUGCUAGACAAUACCUCAACAUGGAACUUAAUAUACUCAAAUUCUCUUCAUUUGAAUUAUGUAUACCAACUGUACCUAACUUUCUUCCAUACUUUCUCAAGGUAGCAGUUGAUGAGGAUGAUUUAAGAGAUGGUAUACCUAUAACAUCAAAAUCUACUGUAGAAACUUAUCUUGAGAAACAUGCCUUCUACUUCCAGGAAAUAGUGCUACAAGAUCAUAUGUUCAGGAUUUAUGCUCCAUCCUUAGUAGCUGCAUCUUGUGUUGCUGCCGCAAGAAUCUGUCUACAUCUAACACCAACCUGGCCGAAACAGAUGGAAUUAAUGACCGACUACUACCUCGAACAAUUAUUACCAUGCUUACAAAGCAUGUUAGGAACACAUCAGCAGGAUUCAUUGAUCAAGUCUGCCAGCUUUUAUCAACCUAGUGCUAUGCCAAGUAUAAGUUACCUCCCCUCAUCUCAGAUGUACAGGAGUUAUCCCUCGACCAUAAACACAACAAUUAGUAAUGUGCCCCUACCAAAAUGUGCUGAAAGUUAUAGUUACUCGAGACAUCCCAUGCCGUACAAUCAGCCAUGUAACACUGUGUUCUCUUAUUCAAAUGUUGGAAAUUACACAGAUGUGCCGCAACUUAUUCCACGCUUGCGGGGAUCAUGAUAAAUGUGAUAAAAAAAUUACGCAGUGUUACUGUAGUUUUAUGGUCCCAAAUUGUUAAUACACAUUGUGAUAAUAGAUAUUAUAUGUGUUCAUUAAUUGAAGAUACAAUUAGAAAUUAGUGCUUUCCUUUAAAAAAAAAAGUUAUUCUUCUCAAAAGCGGGUAUAUCAUAUGGAUUUCAGACUACCAGUAAGUGAAAUUUUGAAAGGAUUUCAGAAGCAAGUCAAAGAUUCUGAUCACAACUAGUCAGAGGUUUCAUUGGAGGGUUAUAAAAUGAGCCGCGCACAACAAAACCAACAUAGUGAGUUUGCGACCAGCAUGGAUCCAGACCAGCCAGCCCCUCCACGCAGUCUGAUCAGGAUCCAUGCUGUUCGCUAUCAGUUUCUCUACUUGUAAUAGGGUUUGUUAGCGAACAGCAUGGAUCCUUAUCAGACUGCGCAGAUGCGCAGGCUGGUCUGGAUCUAUGCUUGUCGCAAACCCAUUAUGUUGGUUUGAUUGUGACGUGGCUCAAAUGUGUUCAGUCUGUUGCAGGGAAAUUACGUUGUAAUUUUACUAGAUUUGUUCACUAUUUUAACAUGUUUUUUUUUCUCAUUCAGUAUGUUAUAUCCAUUUACUUUGUGAUAAAGGUGUUCAAAAUGGUCUUGUACAAGUCUUACAGGCCUUUUUACUUGUAAAUUGUAGACAUGUAUUUAGCAUUUAUUUAAAUGUUUAUUUGAUGGUUUGUACACAGUAUAUUAACUAUAAGAAUGUUUGCAUUUAAGUGACCCCAUAGGUUAGUUGGUACCUCCUUUUUGUAUAUCGAUAAAAAAUACUAUGUUCUAGUCAUAAAGUAUUUGGGUUGAGGAAUAUAAUUGUCUGAAUUCAACCUAACCAAUUUUCCUUUUGACAUGUUUUCCAAUCUCAGACUAUGUAUAUUAGAACUAUUUCUAACUUGUUAAAAAAAAAAAGUCUAGCCAUUUAAUUAUGGUGGAUGAGUUGUUGUUGUCAAGCAAAACUUUAAAAUGUAACAUUAUUCAAACACUUAAAUAGUUAUCAACACAUAAUCAUUCUUGCUUAUCAUGACAAGCUGCAGGUGUAAGAGACAAGGGGCAUUAUCCUGAAAACAAUAUUUUUAUGAGUUAUGUUCCUUUUUAACAUAGAAUAUUAAUUAUUUUGAAAAAUUGGUUACCAGUUAUAACAGAUGAGUUUUAACACUGCAUACAAUGCUUAAGAAUAAAUCUAAUAUGAUAUAAUGUAGACAUGAGCACAGAAAACUUUGUAUAUAUGGUUGAGUAGUGAAAUUUAUAGUUACAUGUAUAAUAUCUCUUAUUUAUUAACCAUGCUACAGUGCAAGUAGCCAUUUGAUUUUCAUUAUUUUAUUGUUAAUAGUUGAAAUAAUUUUUUUGUUAUAUUUUAAUAUGUUUUAACAGGCUAUUCAUAUUUCAUGGUGUUCAUUUCUAUUCCAACUACUGUUAUCAUAAUACAUGUAAUAAUUUUUUUUCUUCUAAGUUUGGCAAAGAAAAAGAAAAAUUGUUAAAAUCAUAAUUGAUAUAAUUAUAUGUACAGACACAUUGUUUUAACCUGGACUAUUUGAUAACUGGAAAAGGGAAAACUUGUAAACUCGCAAAGGCAUUGUGUCCUUGUCUUACUGGUUAAGGUUUAAAAGUGCAAGUUUGUAUCUCCAAAACUACCCAUACCGGGUUGAAAAACUUUACACACUUAUUUGAGAGCAUCAUAGGAGGCCACGGUCCAAAGCCCACACUUGUAACAUUGAUUUUGACAGGAUUAUGGCACUAUUGAAAAUUCUACGUUAUCUUGGGCUCUUGUUUUAUUAUCAAACAUUGAGAAUAGUCAAGCAUGCUGUCCCACUGACAGCUCUUGUUUUUAUAAAAUCAGCAUGAUUCAUGAGAUGUGUUGCUUUAAAACAAGUAUUUACUUAAUGAAAUACAAUAUAGUUGUCAGUUAAUCUUAAACAAAAUAUUUCUUAUGUACAAGCCGUUAAGGUAUUUACAGAAAAAAUAUUGAAAUACGUUACAUUAGUCAUCAAUGUAAAUGUCUUAAAAGGAAUCUGUUUAUAUUACAUUGUUUGUAUAUAGUUUUACCCAAAAGUUUAUUUGUUAUCUUUAAUUUUCACAGGUUGUAAUACUAUGAUUCAAAGAGAGAUAAUACUGGCAUUACUGUUUUUAAGAAGUUCUUGGGUUACUCCCCUUGACCCAGUUACAGAGCUAAAUAGUUGAUAGUCUAUGUCAAAUGAAUGUGUUAUAAGCUUUACUUGUAUUACCUCAUUGUGAAAUGUACAACAUUUAUAUUUAUAUAUAUAUGAAUUUAUAUUUUUUUGAAACCAAAACAAGAUUUUUUGCCAAAUUGGAAAAAAAAAAUCAGUAUGUUCAUCCUGCUGGGCCUUUGCUGCUAUUAUUGACUGAGGCCAGCCUGCUUAUUCAAGCGGUCUAACUCUGAAGAGGUUCUAUACUAUAAGUAGCUCAGGUUUUGUAUUUUCGUAUUGAAUGGGCUUUUCCAAUAUUUAAGCAGGGCAAAUUCAUUAUAACAUCUGAUUGAUUGACAAAGAACAUAGAGCUUGAUUCGUAAAAUAUUUGAAAGAUAUUUUUAUCAUUUUCUCAUCUGAGUUAAAUUCAUAAAAUGUAUUUUUAACAAUUUUAGAAGAAAGAUAGAAUAAAAUGAGUUAUUUGAAAUACAUGUAUUUAAAUAUCCAAAAGGUCCAUAGUUGAUAAAAAAAACACUAAAAAUCAAAAAGAAGGAAAGAAAUGUAAAAAUUGGUAAAUAAACUUGAAUCUUGAAUUGUGAUAAAUGGUGAUUUUUGAAAUACUUAAGUUUUUAUAAGAUACACAAUAAGUUUUGAACUCUCAUUUAGUAUGCACCACGAGGACAAGAUCAGAGCAAAUGGCAAUAUUUCAGCAUCUGAACUUGCUUACAAUUUUUAUUUGUGUUGUGUUAUUGCUUUAAAAAUUAGGGAUUUUAUGUGGUACUGUGAACUUUACUGUGAAAACAUGAUUUCUUUAGACAUUUUUUUUCAUGAUUUUUACACAAAAGUUUAAAUCAGUGAAUUCGUCACCAGGUUAGAUACUUUUGGCUUCCCCGGUUUUAGUAAUACCUGUAUUGUUACCAAAUUGCUUAAAAUAUAAUGAACAAUCUAAUUUCAAAGCAGAGCAUUUCAUCAGGGAAAAAGGGAGUAUUACAUAUAUAAGAGAUAGAAAAGAGAAUUAUAAAGAUAUACCAGUACCCAGUAUAAACUUGAAAAUUCAAAAAAAGUUGUUGGUUUUUUUCUCUCUUUUUUCAGAGAUAUUGUUCUUUUUGUACCUCAAACAUUUUUUGAUGUUUAGCAAUAAAAACAUUUUUUAUUAUUAUUUGACAUUGAAAAUUAUCUUGACUUAGUUGUUCUUAAGGUUGCUAUGAAAUAUUAAAAAGUUCUCAUUAUCAAAAGUUUAGAAUAAAGUUAAAUAUACAUUUGUAAUAGCAAAACUGAAAUUUUAUUAACUUUGUUUGAAAUAAAAAGAGAUGAUAAACUUAUUUCGUGAAUUAAACAGUUUUCUUAUGUGGAUCUAUGUUACACAUUGGAUAUCAUCACAGAUGUUUAUAAUGUUGCCCAUAAUUUUGAUUCUUGCAAAGUUUUACAGUUGAUAUUGUUUAUAUUUUAUGCCAGUGAGUUAGUUUCACAUUAUUUUCUACUAUAUUUUUGUCUUUCAGCAAUUUAAAUGUGUUCAUUAUUACAUGUUGCUCAAAUUAAAACUGUUAAUUGUUAAA